AUGGGUUCUCGUUUAUCUGUAUCAUUCGAGGAUACAGAGGUGUCACCGCGAACAGACCGUCCUCCUACGUUUGAUCCAUUGUACGGCUUUCCGAAAGGUCGAAAACCUCGUGAAAUGAAAGCAACAUGGGAAGAAAUGGAUCACUGGAAAUUAGAACUGGGUGAUCGUGAUUAUUGUGCUCAUCUGCUCAUUAAUCUUAAAAAGUGUCAGCGACAACAUAUGCCGUUUGCCCAUUAUUACUGUGUUGAUGAUUAUCACGCAUGGCAGAACUGUGAAUAUGACGAUUACAUUUUAAGAAUGAAAGAAUUUGAACGAGAAAGACGACUUUUGAAGAGGGCACUACGCAAGAAAAAUUUGCGAAAGGAGAAUAAUAAUAACGAAAAGGAUCCAGCUUAG